AUGACGAGGUCCAAAGAUGCAAAUGGCGGUCUAUCUCCAGGGACGGGGCAGUCUCCUCCGACGCUGUGUGACCACACUGCCGGCUUCAUGACUGAGGUGUCUCCGGACUUGACCGUAGGACGCUCAACUUUAAUUAGGAAAGUUGUGAGUUUUCAUCUCUCUCUCUCUCUCUCUCUCUCUCUCUCUCUCUCUCUCUCUCUCUCUCUCUCUCUCUCUCUCUCUCUCUCUCUCUCUCUCUCUCUCUCUCUCUCUCUCUCUCUCUCUCCCCCUCACCCUAUCUGUGUCCCUCUGCCCAGAAUUGUUGCAGCCCUCACCUCAUGCUCAGAGACGGGCUUCAACGACGACGAUUAUCUAAACGAGGGUUCCUACAACCUGAACUGGAUGGAGUCCAUCCCUGACGACACACCCCUUUCCACUCUCUCCAUCCCGGGAACGUACGAGAGCCUCACCCUCCACGGGGGCCCCCACAUGAUAUGUCAAGUCUGGCCCUUCGGCACUCAACUCAAAGCCGGGCUGCGAUACUUCGACAUCCAUGUCGGGAAUUGGUUCCUCACCCACCAGAGCGUUGACGUCCGAGACGGGUUCUGGAUGUUGUGGCAAAAAACUGAACUGGAUGAAGUCAUGAAGACAGCCUUGGACUUCCUAGAGACGCAUGCCAGCGAGACAGUGCUGCUAAGACUAACGCUGCACGGAGCGUAUCGUAAGAUAAUCGAAGGGCUGAUCCUUCACCUGGUCAGGCAGCACACGGCUCAAGUGUGGACAGAACUCUCUGUUCCCAGCCUUGAACAAGCCCGGGGUAAGAUUGUGUUGGUUCAAAGUGACAGUUUUAGCACGGGUAUUGUUUACCACGAGCCCGGCUUCCCAAAUGACCACAAGUUCAAGAGCUUUGAGGACCAGGUGACUAAAGUAAAGGAAUAUCUGUGGAUCGCUAAAAGUAUUUGCGACCGCCAUGUUGUUCUGACUGACACAACGGCGUCGUCUAUCUUAACCAGCCCCAAAAUGGUGGCCAGAGGCUUCAACAGUUACCUUAAUGACAUGGUUCUGGGAUACAAGAGGAUUGGUUCCCUUAUGGGCUGCCUGGGAGUGAUUACCAUGAACUUCCCCAGCUCUGAGCUCAUCAAGAACAUUCUAGAAAUCAAUCCCUGUGUUUGUGGAGGGACGGGAGAUGCAGGAGGGCCUGACCAUGUCAUAUCUGGCCCUGAGAAGGACGACGGCACGUUGGCAGGGUCUCGAAUCAUGACUGAACAAGGGUCUGAUUCCUUAGAGGAGAUUCAAACCUCAACUGAACCAGCGUCCGAUGUGGUGGAAGAGACGCACAGUUCUAUGGAAACAGGGUCUGAUUCUGCAGAAGAGAUACAAACCACAUCAGAACCAGAGUCCGAUUCUGUAGAAGAGAUAACAAGUACAACGGAACCAGGUUCGGAUUCUGAGGAUGAUAUGGUUGCUACAACCGAAUCAUGGUCUGAUUCCGAUGAAGAGAGGGUUACUACAACAGUAUCAGGGUCUGAUUCUGAGGAAGAGAUGGUUACUACAACUGUGGUAACGCCCCCUGGACCACAUGAUGGACCAAUUUGGGACAUAACAAUUAGAGGGAUUGAUGAAAAUCUAGAGUCGACAACUGAUCCAGCACGCGGUUCUGAACUUGAAGCUGAUACACCAACCACAACUGAAUCAGGGUCAGACUCUGGAGAAGAGAUUCAAACAACAACUGAAUCAGGGUCCGAUUCUGGAGAAGAGAUACAAACCACAACAGAAUCAGGGAUAGAUGUGAUGGAAGAGACACCUACUUCAAUAGAACCAGGGUCCGAUUCCACAGAAAAGAUACAAACUACUACAAAAGCAGGGUCAGAAUCUGACGAAGAGAUACAAACUAUAACAGAACCAGGGUCCGAUCUGGAGGAAGAGAUACAAAGUACUAUAGAAUCAGGUUCAGAUUCUGCAGAAGAGAUACAAACCAACACAGAAUCUGAAUCUGAUUCCUCAGAAGAGAUACAAACCACAACAGAAUCAGAAUCCCAUUCUGAGGAAGAGAUACAAACUACUACAGAAGCCGGGUCCGAUUCGGAGGAGGAGAUACAGACCACAACAGAUGCUGGGUCUGAUUCAGAGGAAGAGAUACAAACAACAGAACCAGAGUCUGAACCUAUCCCCCAGGGUCAGUGCAGGUUUUGCACCCAACCGAAGAGCCGACAGCCCAACCGGGUCUCAACCUCCAGGACCAGCCUGCAGCCCACCCUCUCCCAGCCCCGGAGCUCUCUAACCCAGACCCAGGCGGGUCACAGCCAGACCCGCCAGCCUCCCAGCAUCCACCACCACAACCUGGGCUCCCAGUUCCCCCCCAGGUCCCAGUCCGGCACACCGAAUCGGUGCAAGACGUGCAUCUCCGGAGACGAAAAUGCCAUGAGAUGA